AAACCUUCUUCUUUCUCAAGAUUCAAACCCAAACCCCAAAAUUGCUUCUUCUUCUUCUUCUCUGAGCUAAACUCUCCAAUCUUCCAAUUCUACCCUCCAAUUUCAAAUCUUUUUCCACCCCAGCCCCGCGUAACGGCGCCGUAGCGAUGAUUGUGAGGACCUACGGCCGGCGUAAGGGAGGAGGAGUAGGCCUUCCCAGGACUUAUUCCGACUCAACCCUAAACGACGCCGUUCGCGGCGACGACGACGACGACCUCAGCACCGACCCGUUUAGAAUCUCUCUCUCCCAAGAUACCCCCCAAUUCAAUUUCAAUUUCUCGUCGUCGCAAGACUCGUCGUCGCAGUGGUCGCAGUUCGAUUCGGAGCCCUAUCCUCCCGAAUUGAAAAGGCCCAGUUCGCGAAACGGCGACGUUUUGAGGAGGCCGUCGAAGAAGGCGAAGAAGGCCGCGGCGGCGCUGGCGACGGCGACGUUGAUGGAGGCGCAGGAGUUCGGGGAGAUGAUGGAGCAUGUGGACGAGGUCAAUUUCGCGCUAGAUGGACUGAGGAAUGGUCAGCCGGUUCGGAUCAGAAGGGCGAGCUUGUUGUCUUUGUUGGGGAUUUGCGGCACGCCUCAGCAGAGACGGCUUCUGAGGACUCAGGGGAUGGCAAAAACGAUAAUUGACGCUAUAUUGGGUCUCAGUUUUGAUGAUACACCUAGUGAUCUGGCUGCUGCAACAAUUUUCUAUGUUUUGACUUGUGAUGGUCAGGAUGAUCCUCUUUUGGAAUCACCAAGCUGUAUUAAAUUUUUGAUUAGGUUUUGCAAACCAAUUGUCUCAAACAUCACUGAAGAUAAAGCACCAAAAAUUGGACGAAAGCUUUUAGCAUUGCGUUUGAGUGCUGACAUCUCGCAUUGUGCACCAAAAAGAUUAGACUCCAGCUCAGCUGCUAUUCUUUCCAAAGUACAUGAGAUUCUUGUUACUUGCAAGGAAAUGAAACCAAGUUCUGCUGAUGAUGGUGAAAUGAGCAUGCCGGAGUUAAGCCCCAAAUGGAUAGCUUUGCUUACUAUGGAGAAAGCUUGCUUAUCUACUAUUUCUCUUGAAGAAACAACUGGUACAGUGAGGAAGGCUGGGGGCAACUUUAAAGAAAAAUUACGAGAGCUUGGAGGCCUUGAUGCUGUCUUUGAGGUGUCCAUGACUUGCCAUUCCGAAAUGGAGGGUUGGCUAAAAGGUAAUUCUCCUUCUACUUGGGAAAAGGAAAUCAACAUGGUGCGGAGCCUGGUUCUGCUUUUGAAAUGCUUGAAGAUCAUGGAAAAUGCCACAUUCUUGAGUAAAGAAAAUCAGAGCCACUUGCUAGAAAUGAAAGGAAAGUUGGAUCCCAUGGAAAAGCCCAUGUCUUUCACAGAACUUGUUAUAAGUACCAUCAGUAUCCUAUCAGGGCUGUAUCUACAUAAAAGUUUAUCUGCUGCCUCCAAUGAUGACAAGUCUCAUAAUCUUUCAAAUGGGAAUGAAUAUGCUUCUGAGAAAAGCUCCCACAAAUGUCAGAGCAAUGGAUUGGUGUCCACUUCUCGCUCGGUAUAUUCUGUAUCCAGUUCAGAAACUACCAGCACGUCUAUGACUGACACCUAUUCGUUGAAGACAAGACUUAGUUCUUCCAGAAAUGGCUCAUCUAGUGGUACAGCAAGCCAUUUAAGUGAGGCAACCCGCACAUUUAGCUAUGGUUCCCGGAAAGAUGCUGGUCCCAGUCAGAGAUCCUAUAUUUCUAAAAACUCUAUAAUUGAUCUUUCGGAGGAGAGCCAAGAUCCUUUUGCAUUUAGCUAUGGUUCCGGUGAGGAUGCUGGUCUCAGUCAGAGAUCCUAUAUUUCUGAAGACUGUAAAGUUGACCUUUCACAGGAGAGUCAAGAUCCUUUUGCAUUUGAUGAAGAUGAUAUUGAACCUUCUCAGUGGGACAUAUUAUCUGGCAAGAAAAAGAUUUGUCGAACGCGAAAAAAUGGAGAAGCUUACAGAGAACUUGAUGAUGGUUGCCAAUUGCAGCUGAUUAUGAGCCAAGCAGAAUCAAGUAUCGGGGAAGACCAUGAUAUGCCUGAGACAUCCUAUGCGGGUGCUGUUAGUAAAGAGGGUUCCAGUCUUUUAGCUGACUGCCUUCUUACUGCUGUUAAGGUUCUGAUGAACUUGGCAAAUGAGAAUCCUGUUGGUUGUCAGCAAAUUGCUGCGAAUGGAGGACUGGAGACCAUGUCUUCCUUGAUUGCUAGCCACUUUCCUUCAUUCUCAUCUCCCUUCAGCGAGAGAAAUGACAAUACUUCAAGCAUUGAACUGGAUAAUCAGAAUGGUAGACAUCUUACUGAUCAAGAGCUAGAUUUUCUUGUAGCUAUUUUGGGCCUGCUUGUAAACUUAGUUGAGAAAGAUGGUCAAAACAGAUCACGGCUCGCUGCAGUCACUGUUCACUUACCUAUUUCUGAUGGGUUUGAAGAGGAAAGUCACAAGGAUCUAAUUCUGCUAAUAUGCUCUAUAUUCCUGGCUAAUCAAGGUGCUGGCGAGGGAUCCGAAGAAGGAAAAACUUUGCCAAAUGAUGAGGCAGCUGUGUUACAAGGAGAACAAGAAGCUGAGAAAAUGAUAGUAGAGGCUUAUGCUGCCCUGCUUUUAGCAUUCCUUUCAACUGAAAGUAAGGGGGUACGCGAUGCCAUUGCUGAUUGUCUCCCAGAUCGUAACCUGGCUAUCCUAGUACCUGUGUUGGACAGAUUUGUGGCAUUUCACUUGACAUUAAACAUGAUCUCACCGGAGACUCAUAAAGUCGUAAGCGAAGUAAUUGAAUCAUGUAGGAUACGAUAAGAGCUUCAGAGAUGGAGAUCCUGUACAGAUUUGGCCUUCCAUUAAGAUAAAUUGUUGUUUACAUGACACUCCACGCCUCCUAUAGGGUUUUGAAUUUCAGCUGCACAUUGUAUUGAACUGACCGCAGGCCUUUUUUGCUUGUGUGGUUCUUUUGUUCUCUCUUUUUUGUUUCCCCUGUUUCGCUAUUCUUUUGUAUCUUUUUUGUUUUUUACCAUCUUGUAGCGGUUAGAGAGAUCUUGUAUACAAAAGAUGAUAAAACGAAAUGAAAAUAUCUCGCUUUCGUUU